AUGGAAUCACGCAAUUCGUCCGUAGAGUCACUUGAACAUUCUCCACCGAAUGUUCCCGAGGAGGAGCAUGUUGAUUCGAAUGAAGGCGUUGUCCAGAUCCACCAGCGUUCAGAUCCACUUGAUACCUCUGACAAUACUCGAGCGUCAUCAAUCAACUCAUCGCAGGAGAGCCUCAAAUCCACAUCAAUGCAGGUCUAUGCCUCAAUGAGCGAGAAAAACGCCGGCACCAAGUCAGGUAACGCUGUGAAAACACACAGUGUUUCCGCGGUCCCAUUGCCAAACACAAGAUGGACGCACAGGCAAUGGAUCAAAUUCUUGAGCCUCCACUGGCUCUCGGCUUACCGCGUACUCAUCGGGCUGACCUUUAUCAUAAAUAUUGUUGUAUUCGCUGUUUUAUACAAGCGCCUCUCUCUCGCCGCACCUCUUAUCGCUACCGCCGCCAACAUCUUCGCCGCCGUAUUUGUUCGCCAAGAAGACCUUAUUAACUUGACCUUUGCCUUUGUGGCAAAGAUGCCCUCAAACCUACCAUUCUGGUUUGCGAGGACGAUUUCAGACCUUCAUCAUUAUGGCGGAUUUCAUAUCGGCUGUGCAAUCUCAGCGCUCUUCUGGUACACAUACUUUGUAUAUCGCAACACUGUAUUCUUCCUCGGAAACUCAGACGCAGGAACUGCAACGGCGUCCAUGUGGGUCGACAUUAUCGCUUGUUACUCAUUCCUGUUUUCCAUCUUUCUCGUGUGCGUUACGGCUCAUCCACGGCUCCGCGUCAAAUUCCACAACACUUUCGAACAUACGCACCGCUUUGGCGGUUGGACAGCGCUCAUCGUCCUUUGGAUCCACGCCGGCGUAUCCAGCAAAAGCCCAGAGAAUCCAGACAUGCACGCCAACCCCGCCGUAUGGCUCUUAGCCGCCACAACCUCUAUCAUCAUCCUCCCCUGGACACGCAUGCGCCGAGUACCCAUCACUACCGAACUCGUCUCGAGCCGCGAAGUCAAGCUCAGCUUCCCCUUCAAGUACAUGCCUUACACAUCCACCAUGCGCUUCUCGCGGAGUCCCCUCAUGGAAUGGCACGCCUUCGCCACGAUCCCCAAUCCCGACGGCGAAUCCGCCUACAUAGUGAUUUCGCAAGCCGGUGACUGGACAAAAGCCAUAAUCCAAAACCCGCCAACCCACAUCUGGAUCCGCAAGCCAGCCGCCAUGAACUUCCUCGCCUUCUCCCCGCUCUUCAACUCCCUCUUGCUCGUCGCCACAGGCGCAGGCAUCGGCCCCAUGCUCUCCCUCCUACGCAGCCCCGCCAUUGCCAACAUGAAGAAGCAAGGACGUACGAUCAAGGUCAUGUGGUGCGUCUACCAGCCUGAUGCACCCCAUUGGCAAUUCGUACAGGAUAUCAUCCGCAAUGUGGAUCCUGAGCCGAGGAUUUUCGAUUCGAAACAGGGAAGACCGGAUGUUGCGGGCGAGACUACGUAUUUGAUGCAGGAAGCGCAGAUUGAAGCUGUUAUGGUGGUUAGCAAUCCAAAGGUUACAAGAGAGGUUGUUGAAGGGGUUAAAGCUUGGGGUGGUGCGGCGUAUGGUGCUGUGUUUGAUUCUUAA